AUGAAUGCCCCAGCAUCCUUCCUCGGACGUGACGAGAUAAUACUUCUUGCAGCCGCGGAGAAAGGCAAGGGCUGUUACGUGUACAAAUCCGACGGCUACAGAGAGGACGGUCACUUUACCUGGCCCAAUGGCGAGAGCAUGGUUGCCAUCAACAGGCAAGGAUGCUCCGAAGACAGCAACAAGGUCACGCCGGUCCACUGUCCCCGGGGUUUGACGAGCUCGUGCACCUGGCGAGGCACGCCCGAGGACGGCGGCAUCUGGGGCGACUGCGAUGGGCAGUGCCACACUGGUGAGACGGCCGUCGUGUGGUCCAAAUGGAGAGGCUCUCCCUUGGCUGACAUAAAUCGGCCGCGCAAGGACUGCCGCGUGCAAAAGUACUACUGUCCUCAGGACACGGGACUGUACAAGUGCGCGUGGCGUAGCACUUCGCCUGACUGUGUCGACAGCAACUACAAGUCCCUAUACGAGUUGCAGAUUAACAGCCACACUAGUGGUGACUCGUAUAACGCAUGCAGCUGGGGCCGGGAGAAGAUUGACUCGUGCAUGCUCGACUACAACUUUUGCUCGCAGACCAACCGCCAUGCGCCAUGGCUGGGGCAAUCACAUUAA